AUGGCGCCUCAACCCGAUGAUUACACCGGUCGCCCGCUGUACGCCUACGAUCUUCCUCCACAGCUCCUCGGCUCGAUAACGCUCAAACCCAAUGUCGAGGCUGCCGUGCCUGCCCCAUCUCUCGAUUCAGACCGGCCGAGCUCGCCGAGCACGAAAAGCACCGAUUCUGCGACCACCGAUGCAAGCCUCGUCGGAUCGCAGUCUUGUUCGCUGUGCGGCCAGACAUUUACCAAUGUCCUGGACCAGCGCGGACACCUGAAAUCCGACCUGCACCACUACAACCUCAAGCAGAAGCUGCGCGGCAAGACCCCGGUCUCGGAGACGGAGUUUGAGAAGCUAGUCGAGGACCUAGACGAGUCGCUGUCUGGCUCUGAUUCGGACGAUGACGAAGAGGAAGAAGACGAUGCGAACGAUACUACGCUGACUGCGCUCCUGAAGCGACAGGCCAAGAUUGCGGAUAAGAAUGCCGCCGCAAACGACGAGGACGGCGAAACAAAGGUGCAACGGCCCGUAAAGACGCCGCUGCUCUGGUUCAGCUCGCCACUGCUUCCCAAGAACCACUUCUUUGGGAUGUACCGCGCACUUUUUACGAAUGAACAACAAAAGAAUGCCGACUUCGCUGAGGAGUUACGCAAAAAGCAACUGGAUCCCGUUGCAAUCCCUCACCCGGCCAAGGAUGGCACACUGGCACCGAUUGCCUACAAAGGACCUCAUAUCUUUAUGUGUAUGAUUGGAGGCGGCCACUUUGCUGCCAUGGUGGUGUCCCUUGCACCGCGCCAGAGCAAGCACAACGCGCCCAUGAAUCGUGAGGCGACGGUGCUGGCACACAAAACUUUCCACAGAUACACAACGCGACGGAAGCAGGGUGGCUCGCAGUCGGCAAACGACAGCGCCAAGGGUGCAGCGCACUCUGCGGGCUCAACGCUGAGACGAUACAACGAGCAGGCGCUGGUGGAGGAUGUCCGGGAGCUGCUUCGUGACUGGAAGGCCUUGCUGGAUACGUCGGAGCUCCUGUUUGUUCGGGCGACUGGCAUCACAAAUAGAAAGACGCUGUAUGGGCCUUACGACAAUCAAGUUCUACGACAUACCGAUCCAAGAAUACGAGGUUUCCCGUUCAACACACGCCGGCCGACACAGAAGGAGCUAAUGCGAUGCUUCAUCGAGCUGACGAGGCUCAAGGUCCGCGAAAUCGAUCCUGCCAGCGACACCAAGCCCGAAAAAACGCCAGUCCCUUCGAUACCAGCAGCACCGAAGAAGCCAAAGCUUACCGAAGAGGAGCAAAAUGCCCUGCUACACACCACCCAGCUGCAAGCCUUUAUUCGACGCUCCAAACUGCCCGCCCUCCUGUCUUACCUCACCAGCAACAAGCUGUCGGCCGACUUUGAGUUCCAGCCUCCCGAGUCGCACCACCACUCGCCGCGGCUACUGCACCUCGCGGCGUCGCAAAACUCUGCGCCCCUGGUUCAGGGCCUCCUGACGCGCGGCGGCGCCAGCCCGCUGCUCCAAAACGCCGACGGCAAGACAUCCUUUGAGCUGACGGGCGACCGUGCAACGCGCGACGCCUUUCGCGUGGCGCGCGCCGAGCUGGGAGAGGCCAAAUGGGACUGGGAGGCGGCGCGCGUGCCCGCGGCCAUGAGCAAGGCCGAGGCGGACCAGCGCAGCCGGCGCGAGCAGGAGGAAGCCGACGCAAGGGAGGCGGAGCGGCGCCGCGCCGAGGAGGAGAGGCUCAAGACAGAAGGGCCCAAGAUCCCAGAGCCGAGGAGACAGGGUGGAAGGGGACAGGUGCUGGGCAGCGCUGCCGCGCCGCCGCCCAAGACGGCGCAGCAGCUGCGCGAGGAGGAGGCCAGAGGGAUGACGCCGGAAAUGAGGCUGCGGUUGGACCGCGAAAGGAGAGCGCGUGCGGCCGAGGAGCGACUGAAGAGGCUCCAGGGCAAGUAA